AUGUUACAUACUUGGGAUGAAAAUGCCAGUCCACAUAUCGUAAGUGAUUCAGAAUGGGCCAAAAUGUCGAACGAAUUCGCAAAUGCCGGCUACCGAGAAGGCAUUACUGCAGGAAAAGAAUCAGCAUUACAAUUUACAAGAAGGCUUCGACAGUGCUAUAUGGUUGGUUCGAAUACACCCCCUCCUCCAGCGCCAGACCAAAACGCACCACGGCCAUUGAAGAAACCCAUCUGGAACCUAUUCCUGGAUUAUAUCAAGGGGAAGCCAUCAAAGCACGCGAGAUUGAAGAGGGAACCUCCUUGUGGGUGGAGGUUCUUCUAA